CAAAGAGCUCCGGUAGGGCUGUCGAAUUGAAGUUGAAGCUGGAACAACUUGAACAAGAGACUUUCUGAGACUUCCACUAUAAUGUGUGACGAAGAUGAUUGCAGCAUAUCUAGAUUCUGCUAUGCAUUAUCUUUUUGUUGUUGCUUCCUUGGAGCGUCUUUCCUGAUAGCUAUAUUUUGCAUUGGCUUUAUAUCAAGUGCAAAAAUAGAAUCUGGCUCUAUUUAUAUUGGGGAUGUGCUAGGAGAUAGUUCAGGCCUUCUUAAAGUUAGCUCUCCUGCUGUGGCGACAGCAAAAUUUGAAACUCAUUAUGGAAUUGAAAUUUUCGAAACUAAUCAAUUUCCCACAAUUGUCACUGAUAAACUUCCUCUUCAACACUUUAAUGUUUCAUCAGACUGGCUGGUUGAUACUGUUGUUACCAGAGAUAGUUUAAAUUACUUAGGAAGCUAUGAUCCUAUUUAUUUGCUUUCAGGAUCAUCAAUUCAGUAUAACGUAACAAUAAAAUGUACUAAAAGGAUCAAUUCACAGUAUGCAGCUUGCCUUUAUCUCUUUGAUGAUUAUGCUAGUUUUGAUGAUUUCAUCAACUCAAAUUUGAAUGGUCAUCCAGAAACAGCUUCACACUGCUUUGAGUCAAAAGCCACAGCAACAUUAUCAUAUUCCUUUAACAUUACAACUAAUGGACUGUAUUAUGUGGGGAUUGCAUUCCUGGGCAGUGUUAAUAUACAAGCUAGUGCUUCUGUUGUGCGUCAAUACUAUAAUACUUCUGAACUUGAACUUAUUCAAGUGUGUAGUUCGUCACAUACCUGUGUAAUCACUGUGUGUAACAUUUUCCUUUGCAUUGAUCAAUCUACCACAUAUUUUCUAAUCCAGCCAGCUAACAUUACUAAGGUGAACUAUACUUUUUCAAGCCCUAGACUUCAUGGGCCAAUACUUGCUAGUUUUUGUGGAACGGUUUUGGUUGGAAGUUUUUUUUGCAGUUGCUGUGUCGUUAUAUUUUUUUGCAUGGCUUUAUUUUUUCCUUGUGAUGUUGACUGUGAAGAUGUCUUUUGUGAUUGUUUAUUUAAAAGAACUGAGCCUGCUCACAUUGUGCGCUAUGAGCUACAACCUAGACCAGCGGCAACCACAGUCUCACAUAGUGAGACCCAGCCGCUUUCUGUGCCUCGACCUACUCCGUCAAGACAGAUUCAGCAGGAUGAUAAUAAUAAUAAUAAUGAUAAUAAUGAAGACUGUUCCAGAACUUCUCAUGAAAGCAGACAAAAUAUUGAUAGAUUUGAUGAGGAUUUAAGUUUAGCAUUAUACUUAAGCAGUCAAGUUGAGACUAAUUCUAAUCAAAAUGAACAAAGCAACAGUAACUCAUUUGUCUCUUUGAUUGAAGAGGAUGAAGAGAAUUGGGAUGAUUUCAGUGAACACUUACCAACAGAAUCUGAUAGCAUCCCCUUAAUUGAUUUUUCAGAUGAUGGACCACUUAACGAAGGUGCAAAUCCACCAAAUUAUUGGGAUAUAAUCAGUCAUUCUGCAAAUUUAGCUGAAGUCCCAGCCAUGCAACAAAAUAUGACUGAGCAGUGUGCAUCUGCUACAAACAAUGAAGACAAUAACUUGAUUACAGUACAUGUAACAAGUCCUUUGGCAGUUAUACCUCACAUUAAUCAGGCUGACCGUGUCCAACCUGUUUCAUUAGUUGAUGAUAUUUUAUUACCAUUGCCUUCAUUUAUAUUAUCAUUGCCUUUACCAUUGGAGGUUAAAACUAUUAAUGAAGAAAGAAAAGAGUUAUCAAGUGAUAAUGAUGCAUCACAUACAGAAUCAUCAUCUGUUGGGCCUCUAACAUUAUAUAAACCACUUCCAUCUGACUUUAAGGCAAAAUUAGAUGAAAGUCAUGCUCCUGCUAUACUCUCUGCCAUCAAAGGCAUAGUUGAUGAAUGGGAUAUUGUAGGAAUCUUCCUUGGCAUUGAUAAUGCUAAUAUAGAAAGGAUCAAAUCUAAUAAUAGCAAUGUUGAUCAUCGUCGCAAGGAAAUCAUUAUUGCUUGGCUAAGAUAUGGCAAUGCAACACGUCAGCAUCUAAUUGAAGCACUGAAAGAGGUCACUAGACCAGACAUUGCCCGCAAACUGGAGGAGCUAUAAUCAUUUUUUGGUUGUAUGAGAUUUAGUUUUGAUUUUUAAUUAUAAAAAUUAUAGCGUGUUCAGGCCUAAAUAAAAAAAGUAAUUUGCUGAGCAUAAUAGUGAAUAAAUUGGCCUUGCUAAAUUAUUAAGCUAUUACAUGUUGGCUUUUAUCAGCACAAUGCCUCUUAGUGUCACAACAGUAACAUGCAGCUACUUA